CUCAAGCCUUGAAUGUUCUGUUUGCAUUCAUCCAUUGCAUUCUAUUCAAUGCUCUUGAUUGCUUGGUAUCUUUUAGCUCCACUGCCUCUUGAUAUUAUCUUUCUCUCAACUUUCUUCCUCUCGUGUUUGAGAACUCUAGUUUACAAACGCCUACUUCCCUUUCCCAUCUGGCUUUCGUUUGCUCUCCUUCACUAUUUCAGUGUAAGACUGGAAGUUAGGACUAGGCAUCCUUCACCUUCCUGAGAGGCUCCUGGAUCCAUAGUCUGAUAUUCUUGUUUCCGCAAAACCUCAUCGCCUUUUUUAGGAGGAAGCAACAAUGUCAUUCAACCAGCGGUUGAGUAUCGCCUCCACGUGCGCAUUUGAGGAUAUAGGAGUGAGGAUCCCCAUUCGAAAAAAGGAGUCCCCUGAACCUGCUUACAUUGGUGUAAAACUAGGUCAGGGAAUUACAGCAGGAACUCAGGUUUGUUCUUACCAGUCCAUGGAUGAGAUAUUUUAUAAAGCUGAACAGUUCAAGUGAAACUAUACCCCAGUUGGAUUGUCUUUUCGAGUAUUCUAGACCGGACGAUAUCAUCACAGUCAAAGGAAAUACGGAUGGUUUCGAGUCUGAGUUGGUGAAGGUGAUGUCCGAGUUCAUCGAGGAGCAGAAAAACAAGGACUUGUUGGAUGUAAGUCUCUCCAGCUAUUUCUUUAGCAAGUAUCCAGAGUUAGAGCUAAAAUCCCUGGAAAGAUGCCACGCGUUCGACAGUUGGAAGUCCCCGCUCUCCUUGAUGAUGGAAUGGAUCCCAUCGUUGACAGUCCCAAGGAAGUCCAAGGCGAGACUCUCUUGGCUCUAGAUAGCGACUCAGAAGAAGAGCUUGUGCCAAAUAUCAUCGGUGGAGCCACCAAAUACUGGUUGUCCCCAGGAGGGGGUUUGGGGUGCUUUGCUACUGGUUUCCGGAACGUCUUGGCUGAAGUUGCGAAGUUGACUGGAACGAGGAUAUCUGUCAUCGAUAACCGCAAAGGAAUCCAGAUCUCUGGGAAGGGCUCUGAUGUGGACGAUGCCUUUGCGAAGUUAGCCGGGUUAGAGAAGCCCCUGGCUCUUAUAGCAAAUCCUCAAUCCGUGAAUCUUGCUUUUACCUCAGAAGAUACCCGCCUCCAAAUAAAGAGCUAUGGCAGUCUAAAUAAUGUGGCCCUCCGUCGCAUAUUAACAGAUCCCUAUGCAAGCUCAAACCUCGGAUUGCAUGAGGCAUACGUGACUGUGCUGAUUUACUACGAUGUUGAAGCUGAAUCAUUUACUGUGCCCGAAAACCUUCGCAAUCCUCCACACGCGACUAAUGAGCCUGGGCAGUCACGUAUUUGGACAGACUUUACUUUCCAGGAGCUAGGGAAAGGAAAUACCUUCAUCAAUCUCCAACCAAGCUUUGAAAAAGAUCCGCAGGCUGUGUCGACCAGGAUUGUUGCUUCCCACCCAUACUUAACAGCUGAGAAGGCUAACUUAGUCAAUAAAUGGAGGGCUGAUACAGGAGCAGCCGAACUACUCCCUGAGAUCAACGACAUCUUACAACCAACACUCUCCAGUGAAGAAGCAGUGCCCCCGCCACCUGCAAAGAAGACUCCUAGAAUCAAGACUCGCAGGGCAGUAGCCCCCCAAGGCCAGAUAGUUAAACAAGUGAAGCCUGAAAUCCCUAGUGGAACAGCUCCCAUUACUUCCGAGAAGACGAAAGCUAUUGUUUCCAAUUCCGGGCGAAAAAGUUCCCUUCCUCCCCGCAGGAAAUGGGCUAUGACUUAUCAGCCGCUUUCUAAUAAUGCAGCAGGUACUUUAGACGAGAAGGACGGCGAGCCUGUUUCUAAAGCCCUAGCAGAAGCAGCCCCUGAUCCUUCCUCAGUUCCGGUUCCUCAAACCCCAGAGCGUAAAUCUCGAGUGCCCAUAAAUUUCGAUGCUAGCAAAUAUGGGCUGAAUAGCGACUCGAGAUAUGUGUCCAAGGAUUCGAAGGCGGGUUCAACUCAGAAGAUUAGUUCUCCUUCAAAAACCCCUAACAAGAGUCCACGAAAACAGAGCUUACUCGUCGAUGUUUUGGCUCCGACAAUUAAUUUACAACCCAACAUUCAACCUUUAAUCUCUUUCGACCAGCCUGCAUUGGUCCCGCAGAAUUUACCAAUCCUGGAUAGUCUGGAAGACCUUCAAGAUCCCUGCACGCAGAAGCAGAGCGUCCUGAACACCGCAAAUACAAGCUCAUCAGAUGAAGCAAUGAACGAGAGUGUCCUAGAAAAUAAGCUUGCCGUCCUGGGAUCGAAUCGUGCCUCGGAUGUCACAUCUAUGAAAGAAGAGAGGACCGACGAUAUUGAAAAAAGGCUGUCCUCUCUGAAGAGCCUGGCUUUUAGACAAGAAGCAGAAAUAGGAAGUAAUGGAGGUAUGAGAAUGGGAGUUCAAGGUCCUCCACGGUCCCGGUUUGCAGAUCUGGAUUUUAUGAGCGUAAGAAUUGCAGACCUGGAGAAAGACGACGACACAGAGGGGAAACCAGGGAUAGACGAGCUGGAUUCAAGGAAGUUUCAUCGGACCAUGCUUCACAAAACUGCCAAGCUGAGUGAGAAGGCGAAAGCUCAGAAAGCAAAACGCCAAGCCACGCUUGAAGAUGCCUGGGGAUGGCUGAAGAAGCCCAACAAGGAGGCCAAUGUGCCACAGUCAGAAAAGAAAGCAGCCGAUGAUAUCAAGGAAAAACUAUCAUUGGGUGUAGCUGAAGCCAAAAGCGUGAAGCCGGCAAUGCCCAACUUCCAGGAACAGCAGCGCUUGCAAGUCGGCACGAGCAUGGAUGAUUACAUCAAGCACCUGUUUGAGGCAUUGAAGCCUAUCUUGGAUGCCGCUGAAUACUUCCCCGGAACGCUAACCCUGGAGUGCCAGGUUGGCCUCAUUCUGAUCCCGCUUCUUCCGAAGACUUAUAGAGAAAACACGUUGAUAUCGACGAGCGAAUGGAACAGGAUCUUCCAACCGCGAAAUGGCCUUCCCCCUCCCACCACGAAAUUCAUUAACAGACUCACAACGUCUGGAGCAGAUGUAGACUACAUCGUCGAUAUGAAAAGGUCGAAAGCCGAAGGCAAGGCCCGUCUUUUUGAGCAGGAGUACACUGACUAUAGCGUGGUCUAUGAGUACCAUUGUCGGACCAACGCCGAUCAGAUCCUCAUUAUCACUAUUGACGAAACUGGAAAAUUCAGUGUGAGAGGCUCCACAAAAACACUCGGGGCAGUUAACCUGCAUUUCCCUAGACAGACUUGGGAUGCGAGCAUUGUCGUCAGCGGCGUCAUGGAACAUAAUUCUGUUAAUUUAGAAAAGGAUAUUCGGGACGCUGUUCAGUACAUCAUCGACAGCCUUUGGGUCCAGCCUGACAGAUCCCUUAGUCGGAUAUUCACUCGAGUCCCUAAGGACAACAAGCUUGCUAUUGAGAAGGUUUUCAUGAAGAGAUGGACCCGUCAUCGCUAUAUCCGCCUUGGCGAUGCUUUAAAAGAUACCGAUACCUUAUCACCAGAAGACCGUGGCGCUGAGACGGUGGAGAAGAGCGAAACGUAUUCAUCGGUGGACCAGACCAGUGCGACUAGUCAGUCAUCCAUCGAGAAUCAGGAUAUUUUCCUCCAGAUCAUGGAAGUUCAGGACUUAUUCCUGGGUACAAACCCAUUGGACCCGCAAGCCGUAAGAGCCAACUGCGCCCCGAUCCGUGAGAUGGUCGAAAAGGGAAGACAGUGGUAUGAGGUAUCCGUGGUUAGCCCUUCUAUUGAAGCUAUUCUCAAAGCGAACUCUAAUCUGGAGAUGGGUGAACGCACCGAUGACUGGCGAAGCUUGGAUCUCUUGGGUAACGACGCGUCUAUCGUGCUGCCUGACAGUAAUGCAACUGCCCGGCCAGCCCUCUCCCGCGUUGCCUCUGUCAUCGGAGACGCUGGUCUUGGGGAAAUGCUCCGUCUGACAAAGAUGGUCGUCGAGAAAAUAGACGGGAUCGGGGUUUUCAACGUCGGACCUUAUAUCGACAGAGAGACUGCCGAAGAAGUGAACUUCGCAGGUCCGACCGUAGCACUUUCAACCGUAGGUCCUCUCGUCAAAGCUGAAGCAAAGGGCGUUGAUUUUGAUGAACUGGAGAGCAUCAAAGGAGUGGGAAGUGCAAGCCAGGCUAUUCCGCCUGCUAAGUCUCGCGAACUGGAGGAAUUGGAGUUCUGGUAGUUGCUUCGGUACAUGGAGGUAGCUCCCCUGCAUCUAUUUUUUUUUUUUUUUUUUUGAAUGUGAGAUUCUGAUGGACUUCGUGUCGCACCAAACAAUCAUCUCGCGCACUGUUGGCAUACAGCACUCUUUUCAGAAAAGGAAAUUAUCCUGAAAUGGUUUAUCGUAACCAAGUUGAUGUGACAGUUUAUAGUUAUUUGUUUAUUUAGCGAUAGACUGAACUCAUCACACUAUUUUUUUCUUGGGACAAU